CAGGUUGUUCAUCCAGCACCAGGCAAUGCAUCUGGAACACUUGUUAAUGGAAUUCUUCGCCAUUGUAGGCUCUCCACUGUAUGUUUGAAUCCAGAAGCACAGCCUGAGAUUGUUGAUGAUUCAGAAGAUGAGGUCAGUGCCUUUUCUGUAGAUCAAGGUGAAAAUGUAGGUAUUGGUUCUGGCCUCUAUGAGUCAUCUGUACGCCCUGGAAUUGUGCACAGAUUAGACAAAGGGACCAGCGGAUUGCUUGUAGUUGCAAAGGAUGAGCAUUCUCAUGCAUGUCUAGCGGAACAGUUCAAGGAGCGCACUAUAAAGAGGGUAUACGUCAGUCUUACAUGUGGAGUGCCGUCACCAGCCACUGGGCGCAUUGAUGUCCCAAUAGGCCGUGAUGCAAACAACAGGAUUCGCAUGAUUGCUAUUCCUGGAUCUGCUACCCAUGGAAAGGCCCGCCAUGCUGUCAGUAGCAUCAAUUGGAUUAAUGGAGAUAGAGCCCAAUCCAGCAUCUAUCGGGACACACUGCAUCUACUACACAGAACUACCACAAUAUCUCUUUCUCAAGUACAGCAGAUCCAUGCCCAACUCCUCAGGACAGGUCUUUAUGACCUCCCUCAUUAUAGAACCAAGCUCCUCUCAACCUAUGCGAACCACCACCGCUUUUCUGAUGCUAAAAGUCUUCUCCACUCCCUCUUGAAACCCGACCUCCUAUCUUUCACUACCCUCAUUAAUGCUUUCUCCAAAUUUAAAGAAUUUAAGAACACACUUAAUUUAUUUUCUGAAUUGCUCGCCAAUGGUCUUUACCCUGAUGCCCAUGUUUUGCCGAGUAUAAUCAAGGCUUGUACUGGGAUAUUGGCUGUUAAAAUUGGAAAGCAGGUUCAUGGGUUUUCUGUAGCAUCUGGGCUCUCCUUGGAUCCUUUUGUGGAGUCAUCUUUGGUCCAUUUUUAUGUGAAAUGUGAUGAAUUAGAUGGUGCUCACAAGUUGUUUAAAAACAUGGUUGAGAAAGAUGUUGUUUCUUGGAGUGCAUUGGCUGCUGGAUAUGCAAGGAAAGGGGAUGUGCUCAAUGCAAAAAAGGUUUUUAAUGAGGUUAAAGGUCUUGGGUUGAAACCAAAUACUGUGUCAUGGAAUGGUAUGAUUGCAGGGUUCAAUCAAAGUGGGUGCUUUCUGGACGCAGUUUUCAUGUUUCAGCAGAUGCAUGCACGUGGUUUUACAUCUGAUGGAACUAGCAUCUCUAGCGUCCUUCCGGCAAUAGGUGACUUGGGGUAUUUAAAUUCAGGCACCCAAGUACAUGGAUAUGUCAUCAAGACCGGUUUUCUUAUUGAUAAGUGUAUUGUAAGUGCUCUGAUUGAUAUGUAUGGCAAGUGUGGUUGUGCCUUAGAAAUGUCAAAAGUGUUUGAAGAUACAGGUCUAGUGGAUGUUGGGGCUUGCAAUGCCUUGAUAGCAGGGCUGGCUCGACAUGGUCUUGUUGAUAAGGCGCUGAGGGUGUUUAAAGAACUCCAGGACCAAGGGAUGGAAUUGAAUGUUGUUUCAUGGACUUCAGUCAUAGCUUGUUGCUCACAGCAUGGCAAGGAUAUCGAGGCCUUGGAGCUUUUCAGAGGAAUGCAGGCGGCUGGUGUUAAACCAAAUGCUGUGACCAUCCCUUGCUUGCUUCCAGCUUGUGGCAAUAUUGCAGCACUUACACAUGGAAAGGCUGCACACUGCUUCUCUCUCAAAAGUGGCAUUUCAGAUGAUGUUUAUAUAGGCAGCGCACUGAUAGAUAUGUAUGCCAAUUGUGGAAAGAUUCAAGUAGCUCGAUGCUGUUUUGACAGGAUGCCCGCCCGUAAUUUGGUUUGCUGGAACGCAAUGUUGGGGGCAUAUGCAAUGCAUGGAAAGGCAAAUGAUGCUAUUGAAAUUUUUCACUUGAUGCAGAGGAGUGGGGAGAAACCUGACUCUGUUAGUUUCACCAGCCUCUUAUCUUCAUGUAGCCAAAGUGGCCUUACAGAAGAAGGGCAACAUUACUUUGAAAGCAUGUCCAGGGAUCACGGUAUUGAAGCUAGAAUAGAGCAUUAUGCUUGUAUUGUCAGCUUGCUUGGUCGUGCGGGGAAGCUCGAACAAGCUUAUUCCAUGAUCAAGAAAAUGCCAUUUGUACCUGAUGCUUGUGUCUGGGGUGCAUUAUUAAGUUCUUGUAGACUUCACCAUAAUAUGAGCUUGGGUGAAGUUGCUGCUGGUAAAUUGUUUGAACUAGAACCAAUGAAUCCUGGAAACUACAUUCUGCUGUCUAAUAUUUAUGCUUCCAAAGGAAAAUGGAAAGAAGUGGAUAAAGUUAGAGAUACAAUGAGAGACAAAGGACUGAGAAAGAAUCCUGGCUGCAGUUGGAUUGAGGUCAAAAACAGAGUUCACAUGCUUUUAGCUGGUGAUAAAUCACUUCCUCAAAUGGAUAAAAUUCUGGACAAGUUAAACAGAUUGAGCAUGGAAAUGAAGAAAGCAGGUUACUUGCCAAAUAUUGAUAAUGUGUUACAAGAUGUGGAGGAACAAGAGAAGGAGCACAUAUUGUGUGGGCACAGUGAGAAGUUGGCUGUAGUUUUUGGUAUUCUGAAUACUAGUCAAGGAUCUCCGCUGAGAGUCACGAAGAACCUAAGAAUUUGUGGAGAUUGCCAUGUUUUUAUAAAAUUUAUAUCUGGAUUUGAGGGCAGAGAAAUUUUUGUCAGAGACACAAAUCGUUAUCACCACUUUAAAGAUGGUGAAUGCUCAUGUGGGGAUUAUUGGUGAUUGAGUUCUAGGUAGAGGAAUCUCCAGCACUGCACUUUGGAUUUUCAGUUGAAUUUAGUUGAAACAGAGGCAUCAAGGAAGUUUAAUUUUCCUGGAACUUUUGGCCUUGGAUUUGCAAGAAUAUAAUCUGAGAACCCUUGGGGUGUCAGCUGGUACAAAGUAAUUGAGAUACUUGCUGGUGGUGGUUGUGCAUUGGUGGAAUGGAGGUUAGAAACUGGGCGUACUCAUCAGAUCCGAGCCCAUGCAAAAUAUAUUGGUGUUCCACUCCUGGGAGAUGAUGUGUAUGGAGG